AUGAAUUUCCCAAGAAAAUCCCCAACAUUCUUCUCCCUCAAGAAACGAAACACAUCACCAACUCCUCACAAAUUUCAUUACGAUGUCUUCUUAAGCUUUAGAGGUGAAGACACCCGACACACCAUCUCCAACGAUCUCUACAAUGCUCUGAUCGAUGCCGGAAUCCACACGUUUCGCGACGACGAUGAAUUGCCUAGAGGCAACGAUAUACCAUCCGAGUUAAUCAAAGCUAUCGAGGAAUCAAGGGCGUCGAUCGUUGUUUUCUCAAAGGAUUAUGCAUCGUCCAGAUGGUGUCUGGAUGAGUUGGUGAAGAUUCUUGAAUGUAAAACAACGCUUGAUCAGUUUGUUUUUCCCGUGUUUUAUGAUGUUGAUCGGUGUCAUGUUCUCCAGCAAACUGGGAGCUUUGAAUCGGCUUUCGCAAGACAUGAUGUUCGAUUUGAUCGGGAGAAGGUGGAGAAGUGGCGAGCUGCGUUGACAGAGGCGGCGGGUUUAGAGGGAUGGGAGCUUUAUCACAUGGAAAGCAUGUCGGAAAAAUCAGAAUUCGUUAACGAAAUUGUAACAAAGGUUCGACACAAAGUAAAGCCAAAGUGGUUCGUAGCUAAACAUCCAGUCGGAUUGGAUUCUCGUAUUGAAGAACUAAGAUCACUGAUCAAAGAUGGGCUUGAUAACGGAUGUAUUAUUGGGAUCCAUGGUAUUAAAGGCAUUGGCAAAACAACUAUUGUUAAAGAAUUUUAUAAUACACUUUUUAGAAAGUACGAAGGUUGUUGUUUUCUUACAAAUGUUGGAGAAAUAUCAAAAUCGGCUGAUGGUAUUACCUAUUUACAAAGGCAACUCUUAUUAGAGCUCGAAGGAAAGAAUUAUGAAAUUGGUAAUGCCUACAAAGGAAUUGAUAAAAUAAAAAGUAAACUAAGAUGCAAAAGAGUUCUUAUUGUUCUUGAUGGCGUUGAUGAGUUAAGUCAACUAGACUCCUUAACCGGGCAUAUAUCAUGGUUCGGUAAGGGAAGUAUGAUCAUUGUUACAACUAGAAGCAUACAUGUUUUGGAUCAAGCAAAAGUUGGCUUGCGAUACGAGGUCAAGGAGUUAAAUCAUGAGGAAUCAUUGGUGCUUUUAAGUUGGUAUGCAUUUGGAUGUCCCGUUCCAUUCCAAUCUUAUAAGGAUCUAUCGAGAGAAGUUGUGAACUACAGCCAACGGACCCCGAUGAACCUUGAGCUCAUCGGUUCUUCACUAGUUGGUACGACUAAAGACGAGUGGGAAAAUAUGCUUGCAAGAUUAAAAAAGAACUCUCUCAUCCUAAUUGAAUGA